AGGAUGGCCAUGUUUGUAACAGGUAUGUAACAGCGGCACAGGUGCACUGCCUACUAGUGAGCUUUAUACAGCAGGAAGACCCCUUCGCCCGAAAUAGCUCAUCUCCUCAAAAAGAUCCUGUCCCAUAAUCUUUGUUGUCGUCGUAUUAAAGUGGUAUGCACUCCUGUGCUUGAGCAGCGCAAUGGCGUCGUCUGGCUUCUUUAAUCAAACCGGUCAACCACCAUAUGGUGAUGUUUAUCAGUAUGCGCACAUAAACUAUGCGACGACUAGUAUGGCGGCCCAUCCCUCGCCAUUGAAUGCUGGAGGAUACCCUGACAACAUGCCUGUCCCAUCCACAAGCUAUGGAAAUCAAUGCAUCUCGCCACAGUUUAUGCCCCACAGCGUCUCUUCUGCCGUUUCCCCACACCCUACCCUGGUUUUCCCCAGUGGCAAUUAUAACUUUCCACACGGGGACAGUCGAUCCUCAUACCCACCCUCUGUUCAGUUGCCAUACUCCCCACAAUCGUAUUCUAGCAUCUCACCCCUACCUUACCCCGCCGAUCCGGCCAUCCCUUCCAAACAGCCGUCUCAUAUCCGAAUGCACGCUUGUAAGUGGGGGGUGAAAGCAUGCAAUACGCUGGCUCCGGGCAAGAACAGGGAAAUGGGGGAACACCUUCGGGAAUUCCACGAGUUCAUCGGGAAUGAGAAGGAUAUUGUUCACUGUCAUUGGAGCAAUUGCAACAAGUCGUUGCAGCGGAUGAAUAUGGGUAGGCACAUAGUAAGCACCCAUCUCCGCCAGACUACCAUAUGUCCUCGGUGUAACAAGUCCCUGAGUCGACCCGACGUAGCGUCAAGGCACGAGAAGCAAUGUUGCAAGUAGUUGGGGUUGGUUGGGGGUACAACGGUUACUGCACUUCUAACUUCUGCAACGUCAGCGUUAUUGACAGCAAAGUGUAGUAAGAAGCCAUGAUACUAAUGAACGUUUUCUUCCGUCCAGAUUAUCCCCGCUGUACAUUUGCUUAUCCGCUCCUCCAUCCACGCUUCCGUACGUGAACAGUACGACUUCUAUUAUUCGACGUUGUCCCAGGUUCUUAUAUUUAUUUGCCAUGUUCGGUAGUGUGUACUCACAUAGUCUCGCUCAAUGCUGAAUCGAUGUGUAUGUCACUGAAGGGCGCAUCCACC